AUGUGAGUAGCUUGACAGCGGAUGACCGGCCGAAGUCAUCGGGACUCGGGAAGAGUUUUACCGCUGCUGAAGCUCCGCUCCACCUGCGAACAAACGGCCUGUUUAACAAGUAAACAGGCGAGUUUGACGGAAACUUUACCGCGGACUUUACCGGGUUUUAACGUCACUUCGCUGCGUGAGUGCGGUGUUUCGGAGAGCUCGUUGCCCCGCGGCAGAAGGCUAGCAUCGCUUACCGCUGCUAAACAUGGUGGCGGCCUGUACACAGCGCGGAGGAGACGCGACGAGCACGGGCUGGGAGGAGGAGGAGGCGACCGAGGAGGCUUUUUAAAACAACAACUACUACUACUACUAUUCAUUCUGUUUCCUGGCUCUGUGGACCCGGAGCAGAAGCUCGUCUUUACCCGACAUCAGCAGCAGCGGCGGCAGGUGCCGCGGCAGCGGCGGCAGGAGCGGCAGCGGCGGCAGGAGGCGCUGUCCCUGCUCCGUGGAUCAGUGGAAGAAGUUUGACUCGCGCCUGGAAAAGUGCUGUAAACAUGCGGAGAAACGUGGUCAGACAGCGGCUGCGGCGGUGACAGAAGAGCCUGCUUCCUGUGGAUUAUUAGUGUUAUUGUUGUUGUGAUAUGUGUGUGCGGCUGUGGGAGUGACGGUGAUGAAGAUGAAGAUGUUAUGACCCUCCUCGGCGGCAGCAGCAGCAGCAGCAGGUUGAUGGAGACGAGGCUGAAAUGCCCAGGAAGGAGUUGCCGCUACCAGAAGGUUGGGAGGAGGCCAGAGACUUUGAUGGAAAAGUUUAUUACGUGGAUCACAUUCAUCAGUGCACGAGCUGGAUCGAUCCCAGAGACCGGCAGACGAAGCCUCUGACGUUUGCAGACUGUAUCGGAGAUGAGCUGCCGGUCGGCUGGGAAGAGGCGUACGACCCCGUGGUCGGCUCGUACUAUGUCGACCACAACACCAAGAGCACUCAGCUGGAGGACCCGCGUGUCCAGUGGCAGCGGGAGCAGGAGUCCAUGCUGCGUGAUUACCUGGCCGUGGCCCGCGACGCUCUCAGCGCUCAGAGGGAGAUUUACCAGGUGAAGGAGCAGAGGCUGCAGCUGGCGCAGCAGGAGUACCUGCAGCUCAACGACGCAUGGAAGGACAAGUCCACAUCCCAGACCAGCUUGAAUUCAAGAUCGUCGUGUUCCAGCAAGUACGACCCCGACAUUCUGAAAGCAGAAAUAUCCACAGCUAAAAGUCGGGUGAAUAAGCUGAAGAGAGACUUGGCCUGUAUGAAGCAGGAGCUGCAGUUCAAAGAACAAGGCUUCCAGACGCUCACAGAGAUCGACCAGAAGGUAUCGAGCAGAUCAUACGGCUACAAGCUGCAGGAGGCGCAGGCCAUUCUGAGUGAGGUGCGCUCCAUCAGAGAAGCCAUCAGCUCUGGCGAAAAGGAGAAGCAGGAGCUCAUGCAGAGACUGGCCGUGUUGAAGGACAGUUUCCAGCUGGACUCGGACUCGCAGCAGGAUUUGUGGAGCAGCAGUCGGUUGUUGUCCGUCCCUCCACUUUACUGUGAUGCCGGCUCUCAGACGGACAUACCUGCUGAGUUUGUAACAAGCAGCAACAAACUGGCAGAGAAAGUUCGUCUGAGUCUGAAGUACGAGGAGGUGAAGAGAAGAAUCGCCACCAUCGAGGUGCAGAUUGCCAAACUGGACAGUGAGGCGUGGCCGGGGCUGCUCGACCCAGAGCGUGACCGCCUCAUCCUCAUCAACGAGAAGGAGGAGCUUCUGAAGGAGCUGCAGUAUGUCAGUCCUCGCCAACACCUGCAGCCCAAUGAUGCCCAGAAGCUCGAGUCUGAGAAGAAACGUCUGGAGAGAGAUCUGCAGGCGGCCCGAGACAACCAGAGCAAAGCUCUGAGCGAGAGGCUGCGGCUCCACUGCAGACGCAACAAACUGGUGAGAGAACUGGAGGAGAUGGUUCGCCUAGCAACAACACUACACACACAACUGAAGAGUCUCUCGACCAGUACUCUGUCGUGUUCGUCCGGCAGCAGUCGUGGUUCUCUCACGUCCAGUCGCGGUUCUCUCGCCACCACCUCCAGUCUUGGCUCCACCUCCUCGCUCAGCUUCACCGACAUCUACCUGGAGCAGCCCGAGCUCUCUGACCCAGACUUCCAGAACAAACUGGACCUUCUCCUGCAGGAAGGCGUGUCCGGAGGGUUCCGCCCCUCCAGCUCCAUCACCACCAUCCACGAGCACGAGGUGGUGACAGGUGGCGGGGGGCAAGACGCCGGGCGACCCGUGAAUAAAAUGGGAGGAGACUUGGCAGGUUCUGGUGGAGAGAGCGCUGGAGGAGCAGUAGAACUGGGCUCGUCCAGGAUCCAGAACCUCAGACUGUCAGAAACUCCUCACUCCAUGAGCUCCUUAUCACCGCGCUCCUCGCUCUCCUCCCUGUCUCCGCCCUGCUCGCCACUCGUCACGGACACUAACUUCCUGUCUGGUGAGACGGGGUCUGGUGGUGGAUUAGGUCUGGACUUGGAACUGCACGGCCGCCUAGCUGACCUGGAGCUGGGCCUGGACUCUGAAGAGCAUCAGCCAGAAGGUCAUGAAGGUCCAGAAAAACUGGACGAGAAGCAGGACGUCAGCGUGACGCUGCGCUGUGAGGUCAAAGACUCCACCCCACAGCUGCAAGGGGCGGGGACAAAGAAGAUGGGUGUGUCUUCUGCGGUGUCUGAUGAGUCUGUGGCAGGUGACAGUGGCGUGUACGAGCCUUCAGAAAGCAGGCCCCUCCUCCCCGCUGACCUCCUCCUGAGCUCGUAUGCUAACAGGUUAGCACCUGUUUGCUCACAGGUUCAGCUCGGAUUCCGCUAUGAGUUGAGAGACCAGCGCUUCACCAUCUACGUCAUGCAGCUUUUGAACUGCAGUGCCCUCUGUCUGCCAGCUGACCACCACAUACAUGUGCGUGUUGCCGUGUUGCCGUGUGUAGAAACCAGUCGCUGCCUUUUCAGAACGUGUGGCUCCUCCCCUCAGGAUGCUGUGCAGGUGAACGAGGUGUUUGGCGUGCAGAUUUCCCAGGGUGCACUGCGGCAGAAGACGCUGAGGGUGGACGUCUGUCACAUGAGCAUGUCGGGUCACGAGCAGUGUUUGGCGGGGGCACAGGUCAGUCUGGCUGACGUCAGCUGUUCAGAGGACAGACGCACACGCUUGUACAAUCUGCUGAAUCGUGUUUACAUGAGUGACAUCAGCAACAAAGACGACGAGCCACGAACGGUCGACGACGUCCAUGUGACUGGUGACACAGUGGGAGGAGCCGACGCUGAUGAGUGGUCAGCUGACAUGUUUGAUGAUGAAGAAGGACACAGUGUGGAGGCAGAGGGCGCUGUCGAGCCAGGGUUUUAUCCCGACAGCAGCCAAUGGGGAGCUGAAGAAGAGGAGGAGCCUGAACCUGUGACUACAGUGACAUCAUCAGUCACAGAGAAGGUGAACAAACAGACCAGUGUGGCCGGUUUGUCGUCGUCACACCAUGGUUCUGUGGUUCGACCCAAGGAGCGUCAGAACCCGUUCAUGAGAGGAAACACCAUCAUCCGCUCCAAGACCUUCUCCCCUGGACCUCAGAGCCAGUACAUCUGCAGGAUCAAUCGCAGUGACAGCGACAGCUCCACGCUCUCCAAGAAGUCUCCAUUUGUCCGAAAUGCUUCAGAGCGACGCAGCGUGCGCGUGAAAAAGCCUCCGGUGCAGGUCAAAGGUCUGGACGGUCUGCUGCGGACGUCUCUGGACCUGGAGUUGGACCUGCAGGUGUCGCGGACGCGGCAGGCCCGGCUGACGCAGGAGCUGCGGGUUCUUCGGGAGCUGAAGGUUCAGCUGGAGGAGGCGCGACAGCAGGGUCAGCGAGAACUGCCCUCCUGGAUCCAAGAGGACCAACGCUUCUGUCUCCUCCUCAAACAGGCCGACAAACAGACUCGUGAGGAGCAGCUGCAGGAGAAGCGUGUGGAGAAGAUGAUGAGGGCGGCAGCCAAAGACGUCCACAAGAUCAGAGUCCAGAGCCGCACAGAGGUCCCUGAGGUCCAGACAUUCAGAGAGAAGAUGGCGUUUUUCACACGAGUAAAGAGCAGCAUCCCUGAUCUGCCACCCGACGACAUGUAGAGAAGCAUUUCAAAGCACCUCCUUCACCACCCUCUGGCCCCGCCCACACCAUACUGACCACGCCCACUGCAGCCAAUCAAAGCCUGCUCUUGUUGUACGGAUGAAGGUUGUUUUUAUUUAGUAAACGAGCGACAUCACAGUUUUAACUUUAGAUGUCUACAAAUGUUUACAGCGUACAUGUAAACAAACACGCAAACAAAUAAGUUAACACACUUCUUUAAUCGUACAAUUUUUCUUAAAAUUAGCUUUGAAUUAAAAGUUAAAUAUUUUUCCUUCAAGACUCGAAGUUUAGGCAAAAAACAUAAAAUAGAAACAACAUUAGGGGGCGGGGCCAGGUCUUAAUGACAGAGUUUGUAUGUUUUCCGUUUGACAGUUCCGAUCUUUUUUGAGCUGCACAAAAAAGUGUUGGCACAAACCGUUGCAAACAUAAAUAACAAUAGUCAGCAAAGAAAAUCGCAUUUCUGGAAACAAAAAAGAGUGAAUUUAUAUUUUUAGGUGUUAACAAAGGUACGAAUUCUACCGAGCAAGAUUUUAGUUUUAGCAUUUUUUUUAAGCUAAACUUCGUGAUCACUUUUCUUUCAUUGUGUUCAUAGUUUCACGACUCCACGUCAAAUUCAGAGAAAAAGAAACAGGUCAGAGUCAGAGCGCCCCCUCCAGGCGAUUCUUUGACACUUUAGAGCCACAGAAAAUAAAUUCUAUUUUUAAAAAAGUCUGAAAUUAAAUAUUUUUAUAUUUUUUUGUGGCUCUUUUCGUUUUCUGUCAGAGUUCUUUCUUCAUUUUCUUCAUUUCUUUGUUUUCAUGUGAACGUUGUCAUUUUAAUCCAUGGAACGUUUGUCGUGCUGGAACUAACGUCGUCAUUCAAAUCCACUGAACGUUUGUCGCGAUUUAACAAACAUCAUCAUUUAAAUCCACAGAAGGUUUGUAGCACUGGAACGAGCGUCGUCUAAAUCCACAGAACGUUUAUCGCGAUUGAACGACCGCUGUCUAAAUCCACGGAACAUUUAUCGCGAUGGAACGAGUGUCGUCUAAAUCCACGGAACGUCUGUCGCCAUUGGAACUAGCGUCCUCUAAAUCCACGGAACAUUUAUUGCGAUGGAACGAGCGCUGGGAUUGAAAGAAUGUUGAAUGAGUUUGUAAAAACGUGGAUGAAGGAAUCGUUGAGAGAAAAAUCUGCUGUCGUUGAUGAUUUCGUUUUCCGUUGUGAUGAUUUUUUAUUGUGAUCAAUGUGUGUUUGUGUGCAGGCAAACACACAAACAGCUUGUAUUUAUUGCACUCGUGUGAUUUGGGUUUUGCUUUUAUUCUGUUUUUCUUUUCAAUCCCGAGAAGCUGUGAAUUUUAUUCUUGUAAAUAUUUCACCAGCACGAAAUAAUGAAAUAAGUCUUUUGUAGUUUUCACAACAAAUAAAAACAAAAUUUCUUCUCUUCUA